UUUUUCGUUUUUUGCGAAACAACACAAUCUUCUAUAAAAGCAAUGGAAGCAAAAAGAAAAGGCAAUAAUUGAGCUAAGAAGAAGAAGAAAAAAAAGGAGUUUAUUUUAUUUGGCUGACUAGUAGUAGCAGCCUUGCCCGUAUUAUACGCUUCUGUGGGCUUUUGACACUUUUGGCCAUCUUACCUGUAAUAACAGUAGAAAAUUCCUGUAUCUCUCUGUGCCUUUUAUUUAAAGUCUCAGGAAUUGAAGUGGCAAAAGAUGGAGAAUGAAUGAGGCACAUAGCAUCGGAUCUGAUAUUGGUCUGAAGAUGGGUGUGGCUGCUGAGUCUGAGUCAAAUGACAACAUCCCGCUGUUACUCACCCAAUCUGCUUACCCUCUCAAAAGGACAGGGACGGUGUGGACAGCAGUGGCACACAUAGUGACAGGGGUGAUAGGAUCCGGAGUGCUGUCUCUGCCAUGGAGCACUGCACAGCUUGGGUGGCUUGCAGGCCCCUUCUCCAUCCUUCUCAUUGCUUCCACCACUCUCUUCUCUUCUUUUCUUCUAUGCAACACUUAUCGCCAUCCCCAUCCCGAAUACGGUCCCAACAGAAGUGCCUCCUACCUUGAUGUUGUUCAUUUGCAUUUAGGAAUAAGUAAUGGACGGCUCAGUGGCCUUCUUGUCAGUAUUAGUUUGUAUGGUUUUGCAAUUGCCUUCGUCAUUACAACAGCUAUCAGCUUAAGAACAAUCCAAAAUUCAUUUUGUUACCACAACAAAGGGCCUGAAGCAGUAUGUGAGUCUGUAGAUGCAUAUUAUAUGCUACUUUUUGGGGCUAUCCAAAUUGUUCUCUCACAGAUACCCAACUUCCAUAACAUCAAAUGGCUGUCGGUUGUUGCUGCAAUUAUGUCCUUUACUUAUUCUUUCAUAGGAAUGGGGCUUUCCAUUGCUCAAAUCAUAGAAAAAGGACAUGCUGAGGGUAGCAUUGGAGGAAUCAGUACCUCUAAUGGAGCUGAAAAGUUAUGGCUGGUUUCUCAAGCACUUGGUGACAUAUCAUUCUCAUAUCCAUUCUCGACAAUUCUUAUGGAAAUACAGGAUACUUUGAAAUCGCCUCCACCAGAAAACCAAACCAUGAAGAAGGCCUCAGUAAUAGCGGUCAGUGUCACAACAUUCUUGUACCUCAGUUGUGGAGGUGCUGGAUAUGCUGCCUUUGGUGAUAAUACACCAGGAAACCUUUUAACAGGUUUCGUAUCCUCCAAGUCUUAUUGGCUAGUGAACUUUGCUAACGCUUGUAUAGUGGUUCACCUAGUUGGUUCAUAUCAGGUGUAUAGCCAGCCAUUUUUUGGCACUGUGGAGAAUUGGUUCCGUUUUAGAUUCCCAGAUAGUGAAUUUGUGAAUCACACAUAUAUCUUGAAACUCCCGUUGCUUCCUGCCUUUGAACUUAAUUUUCUCAGCCUGUCUUUCCGAACUGCUUAUGUUGCAUCCACAACUGUGAUCGCAAUGAUAUUUCCCUACUUCAAUCAGAUUUUGGGGGUUCUGGGUAGCAUCAUUUUUUGGCCGUUGACCAUAUAUUUUCCAGUGGAAAUAUACUUGAGUCAGUCCAGUACUGUAUCAUGGACGACUAAGUGGGUACUGCUUCGGACUUUCAGCUUUUUUGGCUUUUUGUUUGGAUUGUUCACUCUCAUUGGAUGUAUUAAAGGAAUAGUAACUGAAAAAAUAAGCUGAGAAGCUUUGAGACCUCUCCAAGGAAUUAGACUCAGAUAGCCUUCUUUUUUUUCUCCACUUUUCUCCUUUCAAGACCCACAAAUAAUGAGGAUCAUCUGCAAUGUCUUUUCCACAUAUUCACUCAAUUACUAACUUGGAACCAUUACAUAAAGAUCGGACAUCUAUCUCAGUAAAUUAGACAUAAAACACGUAUUUGAGAUCCGAACUGUCCGAUCUUUAUUCAAUGGUUACAAAUGCACUAACUGUGUGAGGGCAAGGAAUAGGAGACUGCACCGAAUCCAGUUGGACAAUAAACAUGCAGAUUCUCUCAUAUUUUCAAUAGGAAUAGUGAUUCUGUAUUUGUUCACCUGCUGAAGGUAUCCACUGCUGAAAUGAAUGAGCUCAACACUCCUACUUCCUCGGUUCUUCCACUGUUAUACAAACAAAUUGAAAGUGGACAUUAUUAUUUUCCGUGGGAAAAUUUUCAGUUCUAUUUGAUUAUUGUUUGAAGUCUUAUCGAUACUAUUUAGAUUAAGCCAACUUUGGUAUAAAUAUAAGUUCCUCACAAGUGACCUCUCAAUGUUGUUGACCUUUUACUUCAGUAACUUUGCUGCAACCCGAUCUUCGCUUUGGAUAGGAUUCCCUAUUGUAAAAAAAUACAGUAUUUAAUGUAGUAAAUCUAUUUA